AGCCACGUCUAUAUUCAAUAUGGCAGCCUCCGUGCGAAGGACGCGAUUCCCCAUCGUCUGCUUAUUGUUGCUGAUUUUCAGCGUUUACAACAGCGCCCAUGAUCCUCAUGAAACAGAGAGUGGACAUAGCCAUGAACAUUCUCACGCCGAAUCCACCAAAGUAAAAUCUUCGGAGGGAAAUGUGUGGACAGAUGCUAUAGGAGCCACAGUUUUGAUCUCUGCUGCCCCGUUUGUGAUCCUGUUUGUGAUCCCGUUGGACAAGGGGCGCGAGGGACAGGAGUCGCUGCUGAAAGUGCUGCUGAGCUUCGCGUCAGGUGGACUGCUCGGUGACGCGUUCUUGCAUUUGAUCCCACAUUCACUUUCGCCGCACAGUCACGGCGAUCAUGGACAUGAUCACGAACAUGAGCACCAACAUCAUGAACAUGAGCACAGUCACGAUCAUGGCCAUAGUCACGGUCAUGACCAUUCACGCCCAAUGCUUGUUGGCUUUUGGGUGUUAGUUGGAAUUAUCUUAUUUCUGCUUGUGGAGAAAUUUGUUCGCCUAGUCAAGGGAGAUGGUGCACAUUCACACAGCCAUGGCCACACCGAAAAAGCAAAAGUGGAAGAUGACGGACCAGUGAAAAAAGGAGAUUCUUCGCAAGUUCGGCGUAGAAAGACUGGAGAGAAAGAAGAAGCUGAAAAACAUGAAAAGAGUGCUGAACAAGAAGGGGACGCUCCUAUUAAAGUAGCUGCCUACCUCAACCUGGUGGCAGACUGUACGCAUAACUUCACAGACGGCCUUGCCAUCGGGGCUUCAUUCCUGGCCGGUCGUAAUGUCGGCAUCGUGACCACCAUCACCAUCCUCCUGCAUGAAGUGCCUCAUGAGAUUGGAGACUUUGCCAUUUUGGUGCAGUCGGGAUGCAACAAGAGAAAGGCGAUGUACCUGCAGCUGCUCACGGCCGUUGGAGCCUUGGCAGGCUGCAUCUGUGCUCUCCUGGCCGAAGGUGCAGGGGACACCACCUCCAUCUGGGUGCUACCCAUCACCGCAGGAGGCUUCAUCUACAUAGCCUGCGUCACCGUCAUCCCAGAGCUCCUGGGAGACACUACCCUUAAGCAGAGCAUCAUGGAGAUCGCUGGUCUCCUGGCGGGGGUCGGCCUCAUGUAUCUUAUAGCUCUGUAUGAAUAAUAGGUAGAUAAUUAUUUCUUGCCAAACGUUGUUCGUGACACUGACUUUUAUAAAAUAGUUUCUGUGCUCUCUCUCUCUCUCUUUCCCAUUUUAUGUCAUGUCUGUCAAUUUUGCCUUUUGUCAUUUAUAUCUCAAAGAUUUCACUCCAAGGUAAUGGAUUCUCAAUGCAGUUCUAGGAAUAUACAACUUUUGAUGUAUCUCUAACAAACAAAAUAUAAAUGUGGUGAACUAACAUGUGGAAAAUUAACAGAAUUUAAUAUUAUAACUUCUUGAGCCUCUGAUCGGUAAACCAUAGCUCUUUUCUUUUUCUUUUUUUUUAAUAGAAAAUUCUUUUUUUUUGUGUGUAAAGAUCUUUGUUUUUGAGUGCAAAUUGUGAAGGUAGGUACAUUGGGGUUGUGAAGUAGAUAGCUUGUUUGUAUGUGUACAUAUGCAUGUACAAAAUCUCUGUGCAUGUGCAUGGUUGACUUGGCACUACACCAUAUGGUAAUCUUGAAUAUAUGAUGAAAAAGUACACUGUAAUUUAG